UAAAAAUGCUUAGUUUGACAUGGUCAUAACAUUUGAACCACUGCAUAUCGCAACUUUAAACUUGCAAUUUCAGAUUCUACGUAUAGAGAGCUACAAAAUUGCACAUAAAAAAGUCAACAAUUUUUGGACCCCUAAAGAAAGAAAUUUCCUUUAUUUUCAUGGACUAAGGAUUUUACUAAAGUUUGAUAAAAAUGAAACUACUAUUGCAUUAUGUAGUAAUUAUAAGUAAGUCUUAAACACACAACAGAUGGAAUCCUUUAUGCAAAAUGAUAGUGCAAGAUGUCGUGAAGAAAUCAUUUCGCCAGAAGAACAGUCAUUACUGCAACUCUUGCAAAAAGGAAUGUUAGAAACAAGUGAAGAAAAUAUAGCUUUCAGGAAGGAGAUAUCAUUAUUAUUGAAUAAAUUAAACUUGGAAUCACAAUCUUUGCCUAACGACAUCAAAGAAGGAUUACAAAAAUUAGCCUUGCUUUUAAGAUAUGAAAAGCUAAGUGAUUUUGAUGCUAUUACUCUGAAUAUAGUGAGUGAAAGGAAGAAAAUAGAGGAAAAGAAAAGACAGUAUGAAGAAAAACAGUUGGCGUUGUUAUAUGAUGAUCAUUCUAGAAAAUAUACUAUUUUUUCAAGGAAACUUAAUUGUUUGCAAGAGGCUGUAAAUUCACUUGAAAGCAUUAUUGAGAAUUCUCAGGAAGAGCAAGCGGAUAUUCGCUGUAACCAUGUUUCAUUAUUUACAAAGUUAAAAGAAUACCAACAAACUGCAGAAAAGUUAGAAACUGACUUAGCAGAUAUGCAAGUAGAAGAUCUUUAUCCCAAAAAAAUAUUAAAUAAAUAUCAUAGGUAUUUAGAAAUGUCAGGUGAAUUAGCAGAACUUAAUCAGUACCUUAGUCAAUAUAGAGAUUUACCACCAAAUUUACUACAAGCUAAAGCUCUAGUUGAAGUUAAAAAAAAGGAAUAUGAAAGCUUAAAGAAUGCACUUUUAGAGAAAACAUAAUGAAUGAUAGGUGUAACAGUAUUGUUAAUCAAUAUCUUACUUUAUAACUUUUUCACUUUUAUACAAUAAUAAAAAAAAACGUAUGUACAAACAUA